AUGAGAAUUCAAAAGUUCCCUUCAUCAUCGGUGGAGUUUGAACAAAGGAAUUUCGAGUUUAAUAAUUCUAGUAAGGCAAUGAGGGGUUCAAGUAAUUCUUUAUCAUCUAGGGAGGAUUCAAGCAAGCUUCCUGUUCAGAAGCAAUCUAAGGAUGAACAAUUAAAUUUUCAUUAUAUUGGAGAGGAAGAUGAAGAGAAUGAUGAGAAGGAAUCUCUUUCUUUCAUGUUGGAUGAAGAUGAGGAUAUGGAAGUAAUGUCUGUAAAUGAUCAAGCACAGUCUUUAAAUGAGCUUGGUUCAACUUCUAGUAGUAGGAAUAGCUUUUCUUCAGCAAAAUCAAAUCAUGAAUUAACUUUGUCAAGAGAUUCGAUGCCUCUCAAAAAACAAAGAGAAAGAGAUUUAAGAGAUUCAAUUUCAAGUAACCAAUCGAUUGGAGGAAAGAGUGGUAAUAGCUCACAUGAAUCGUUAAAGUCAAGUCCGAGGUAUGUGGAAAAACAGGGUUCAACCAGACCAGCAAGAAUUGCAGAAUAUAUUAAGAGGUUCAGAACAGCACCACCCACAAAAAGGACUGAACGGAAGGGUCUGGACGAUCUUGACAAUUUAGGUAAAUUGGAUACAAAUAUUAUUUUGGAUGAAAUAUUACCAUCUAGGAAGAAAAAGGCAUCUAAUUUCAAACAGGGUGAUAAUUCUAUUAAAGAAUCAAUCGAUUCCAUAGAUGCAAUUGAUUUUGAUAUUAAAGAAAUUAGUAGAAUGGCUCUAGAAAGUACUGAAGUUAAGAAUUUGGAUUCAAUAAUCUCAAACUCAGUUUCUACUGAAAAAAGCAAUAUUUUGAUAGAUUCAGGCGAUGAUCAUCUUGAUGAAAUGUUUAGACAGAGUGUUCUGUCACGUUUGCAAUCAAUAGGUCUACACGAAUCAUAUCUCAAUCCAAAUAGUUAUGAAAUAAUAGGGGAUGAAAAAAAUGAUGUAUUUAACAAAGUUGAGGAGCUUAUGAAAGAAAGAAACCUUGUUGAACAAAUGUUAAUUAGAGAUAACAUGCUAACAAAACAGGGUAUGGAAAACAAACCUUUAACAUCCUCCAUUGCAGGUUUGUCGGAAAUGCCAGUUACUCAGUCAUUAGAAUCACUGGAUGAAUUACCAUUCGAAAGCAAGCAAAUUCAAUUCAUUGAUGAAGAAGAAAUCGAAACGAAACUUGGACUUGAAAAAUCAAGCUGUUCAAUAUCUUCCUACAAAGAAAACUCUUCUAACUUGCAAGAGGAUUUUCUAGUGACAAUAGACAUUAACGAUGAUGACAACGAAUUGUUCAUGAAUGAUUAUAUUUGUCAGAAUCUUAAACUCAAAAUAGAUCAAUUACGACAACAACUCUCAGAAGUUGAAAGAAAGUACUCAUUAUUGGAAUAA